AAUGUUAUCUGACGGGACAGCCAGCGGAACAGUAAGCGCUGAUUGGUUAUCCGAGGGGACAGGGUGUGACGAACACUCCGGAUUGGCUACAGAACUUCACUGCGUCUUACCUGGGAAUAGAUCGUCGGUGCGUUCCCUGGAGAAGGGAGACUGUGUAUUUGCAUCGGAUGAACAGAGGAAAUACGCGACAGAAUAUCUUCAGUUUCGUCGCAAUUUCUCAACAGAUGAACAGAGCGGGAAAAGCAGAGCAUCCCCGCGAAAAACUGGUCUUGUAAUCUGAUUGGCCUUCUGCUGUGGGCCCCGCCUCCUGAUUGGCCCCUCUGCUGUGGGCCCUGCCUCUUGAUAAGUCGUCUGCAGGAUUCCACCAAUCACGGUUCCCAUUCCGGGCCAUGUCUAAGAGUGACACCUGGCCAGGUGGUGUUGCCAUGGAAACGGCCAUCUCAAAGGACAGCGCUGGGAGUUGUGAUAGUGUGAUCAGCAUGGACUCUAAUCAUAGUGAUGACAGUCUGAAGUAUUUUGCGCCUGACGUGAGGGCAAGUCUGAUGUUUCUGGAGGAGACCAUCGAGUCCCUGGAGUUGGAGGAGGACAGCGGCCUGUCCAAUGACGAGCUUGAUCCACACACGCCGACUCCCACAUAUACCGACAAGGUCACCAUCUGUCUCCCUACACACACUCGACUGGAAGAUGUGUCCAGGUACCACGACGAUCCCAACCAGGUGAUGGGUAAAAACCACAAGCCAUCGAUGAGCUACAUGGUGCCCACUCCUUUGCUCCUGGCCAACGGCCCUAGCCUCCUCCGCUCAAGAACAUCGUCGUCCUCAUCUGCGGACCUCAAGCCAAUACCCACGCCAAUACCCACGCCAACACCCACGCCAACGCCCCCCACUACUGGCACGGCUGCCGCUAAACAUGCCCCCAACACAGCUGGCAGUGCCGCCCCCGAGGGUAUCACCAUGGAUACACUCAUUACUGUGCCAGCUGCCGUCUCGACGAGUGCCCACUCUUCUGCUGCUGACCCACUUGAAAUGGAUGCCAGUGAAGUCAUGCCCGGUGGCCUGGAGGUGCCCUCUACUAACCCGAUUACUGAUGCCCUCGAGAUGCCCGCGGAUAAAGCAGCGGACUCACCUGAGCUGAUGGGUGAUAAGCGCCCCACAGACGCAGCAGCUGGCACGGCUGUGAGCGAUCCCGUGCAGCUGAUCUCCGCUAAUCCAGCGGGCGGCCCAGCUACUAACCAGAUGCCUGUAGAGGUGCCCACGGACACCUCCGUCACAACUACCCCUUCCCCUGCCCCUGCCCCUGCCCCUGCCCCUGCCCCUGCCCCUACCCCUGCCCCUGCCCCUGCCCCUGCCCCUGCCCCUGCCCCUACCCCUGCCAGUGCAGUGGGCAUCAGUGAGGAUGCCCCCAGUGCCACACCUGUGGAGGAUGCCCCCAAAGCCCCCCAGGUCGUUGGCCUUGCCCCUCCUGAAGGGGGCGAGGAGUUUAUUCCGCCCCCUAUGGCCUUCAUGGAUGAACCAGCAGAUGAGAGUGACUCUGACAUGCCCGUGUCCUCGGACAUCCCAGCUCCAGCUGUUCCGGCAGAGGACAUCCCAAAUGCCGCUUUUCUUGCAUCUGAUAUUCCAGCUCCCGUGAUUCCACCUCCAGAUGUUCUGACCCAGGAGGCUCCUGACGCUGGUUUCUCAGAAUCCGACAUUCCUCCUCCAGUUGUGUCCUCUCCCGACGUCCCUGCCCAGGCCACCUCUGAUGCUACGCUCCCCGACACAGUCGCUCCACCGCCAGUGAUUCCAGCACCCAGCAAUCCAGAUCCUCCUGAUGUCCCCAUCCCAGUAAUUCUCACUCCAGACAUUCCGGCUCCCGUUAUUCCAACAAUUGAUGUUCCAGGUCCUGAUCAAACGAGCGCAGUCCCCUCUUCCCAGAAUCCUUCAAACGAGAGCGGAACAGAGAACAGAGCGGUGGGCGGGGCAGGGGGCGUGGAAAGUAUAGACCCCGCCUCCCGUGAUGCAGGGGGCGUGACCAGCCUUGGCUCCGCCUCCCAGAGGGGCCCGCUGUCCUACAGCGAACUGGAGAAGCUGCGGAAGAAGGCGUCCGUGAAGAAGACUCCGGGUUCCGUCGUCCCCGUGGUCCAGAUCCGCCGGCCGCCCUCCCCCCCCGCCGAGGGUCUUCUCCUCCUCCCCGGGCCCCCGCAGGAGUACUGCGACGCCAAGAGCCCGCCCCCGGCCGUCGCGCCCAAGCCCAAGAAGCUUCCCGCCAACAUCAUCCUGAAGCCGCACCGCUCGGCGGCCGCCGACCCGGCGAGCCCCGCCCCGCUCAUCUCGCCCGACCGCGUUCUGAUGGACCCGCAGAGGGUGCGCAUGGAGGCGCUGCGGAAACUGGGCCUGCUCAAGGGGGACGAGUCCAACUCCAGCUCCGCCGCCGCCGCCGCCGGGCCCUGCCUCUCGCCGAGGUCACGCAGGUCGUGGGCGCCGCAACACUCCGGUCCGCUGGCGUCGCCCGGACCCAACGCCUCGGUACCGCCCACACCAGAGGUGACCGCUCAGCCCUCCCAGAGGCCUCCUGCCGCAGACACACCCAGCCCCAAGCUCUCUCCUGCCCCCCAGAGGUGUCCAACACCACACACGCCCAGCCCUAAGAUCUCUCCUGCCCCCCAGAGGAAGACGGUGGAAGUGCGGCUGGCUCCUCGUCCGGCGCCCCCUGGCUGUGAGGAGGGUGGUCAGCGGGUAGCGGAGGCGCCGGUGGGGGGCACCGAGGACGAGCAGGAGGAUCUGGACGUACCAGACCACCUCCCGCCCAGCCCCCCCCCUGCACACACACACACACACACACACACACACCCCAGCGGUGAGAACAGCUCUGCACCCCGCUCCCAUGGCAUUAGUGUUCAGAUCAGCCCCCUCAGUAAUGAAGAGGACCGCAGGGAGGCUCUCAGGAAACUGGGCCUACUUAGAGACUAGUGUGUGUGUGAGUGAGUGUGUGUGUGUGUGUGUGUGUGUGUGUGUGUGUGUGUGUGUGUGUGUGUGUGUGUGUGUGUGUGUGUGUGUGUGUGUGUGUGUGUGUGUGUGUGUGUGUGUGUGUGUGUGUGUGUGUGUGAGUGUGUGUGUGUGAGUUUGUGAGUAGCCGGGGCUACUUUGGGACUAGAGUAUGUGUGUGUGUGUGUGUGUGUGUGUAUGUGUACGUUUAUGGUAUAUGGUCCGGGGCACCGUGACACAGGACUAAGAUGAGUUUAUGUGGUAUGUGGUCAUACUGAGACUGGACCAAAGAACCUGGACUAGUACUAGCAUUAGUUCAUGUGAACUAUCUCCAACUUGGACACACACUCUGAUCUCCACGACCAGAAGAGAGGGGCAACAGUCUGCUGUACAUAUGGGCCACCCUGCAGUGGACUAAGAGUUCUCCAUGGACUAGAGUUCUUCAUGGACAGAGUUCUUCGUGGACUAGAGUUCUUCAGCUCCUCAUGGACUAGAGUUCUUCAUGGACUAGAGCUCUUCAUGGACCAGAGCUCUUCAGUUCUUCAUGGACUAGAGUUCUCCAUGGACUAGAGUUCUCCAUGGACUAGAGUUCUUCAUGGACUAGAGUUCUUCAUGGACUAGAGUUCUUCAUGGACUAGAGCUCUUCAGUUCUUCAUGGACUAGAGUUCUUCAUGGGUAACUGUAAUGGUGCUGAUGGGAUAUUAAUGUCCACCAUGUUAAUACCCAGAGCAGGAGUCUGUAGCCGAACUGCUGAACUUUAAAGGGAUAUUCCGCCAUUUUUGGAAAUACGCUCAUUUUCCACCU